AGUAUUUCUGUUGUAGGUUCGACAUGUUAAGGCCAGUACAACUUCUGCCUGUUCUUGUGACUCUUGAGCUGUUUCAUGGCCUCUCAUGCGGUGCAGUGAAGCCAGAUGGGACCACGACUGCGAGACGCCAACGUCGUGUAGUGGACGGCAUCUUGGCUCGCGAUGCUCCUUGGAUGUGCCAGCUAGGCCUACCAGGCCAUCGUGGUCCGGCGUUCAUCUGUGGCUGUAGCCUCAUCACAUCUCGAUGGGCCGUUACAGCAGCGCACUGUAUUCCUCGCAACGCAUCGGUUAUGCCUCAGGUUGCCAUUGGUGGUCAUCGACAUCGUGGUGCUGCAUCGAGUCCCGCCGGAGUCCCCAUUGUCCUCGCAGUGCGACACCCAAACUUCACUAGCCACAACAUUCCAUUCGAAAACCGUCACGACCUUGCACUUCUCCUCCUGUCACGUGAUGCACCCCAGGGGCCUCGACUGUCCUUGCCAGGACAAGCUCUGUCCUUCCAAGAAGGUGUGGUUUUCGGCUGGGGCCAUGUCAACCCUCGUGGUCAACCGCGACCAGCAUUGCGGCUUCGGGAAGCCAGUAUUCCUAUUGUAUCGCGUGACCGUUGUGAGAUGUCGCUUAGACGUCCGCUGGGGGAAGGAGUCUUCUGCGCCGGAUUCGAAGAAGGCUACAGGUCGGACACAUGCGCGGGAGACAGCGGAGGACCUUUUGUUGUGUUUCUGCGCGGCGAGGAAGUGCUAGUCGGUGUGGUUAGUUGGGGGGAAGGGUGUGCCAGACCGGGAAAGUUUGGUGUGUACACGAAAGUUGAGAAGUACGUGCGCUGGAUUACGGAAGUGUUACAAACAACGAAAGUAGGGAGUUAGUUUGCAAUAAUUCUGUGCUGCGCCAAUCGUGUUUAAUGUUUUGUGUUACGUGUUGCAAAAUAAAUAAAUAAAUAACAUUUGUGUCCAUCACCGGCA